AUGGAUAUCAUGUCAAAUGGACCGGCGGUCCUUGCGCCUGCCGCAGCUUCGGGCUCCGACCUUCAUUCCACCGCCAGUUCGACCGGUAUAACCCUGGCAGCGACGUCGACCUCCUCCCUCUCCUCCCUCAAUGACUACUCCAAUUUUCCCUUGAUACGCCAUGGCGAUCGCACGUAUCUCCGAGACCCCGACAACCAGUAUCCUCUUCCCUGCGACCUUCCUGAGAUACACCGACAGACCUUGCGCUCGCUCAUGCUCAUGCGCGUUUUCGGGGGGCCCUUCUGCAACCCACAUUUGGCCGACCGCGCCCCGAAGCGAGUCUUGGAACUCGCCUGUGGUUCAGGACUGUGGUCCAGCAUGUGCCAUGAUUAUUUCGCCCGUCGCGGCCACCGCACCGUGUCCUUCAACGGCAUUGACAUCGUCUCCGUCGCACCCGACCUGCGCAAAAAGGGCGUGAAUUGGCAAUUCAAGCGUCACGACCUACGCAAGCCCCGCCUGCCAUUCCCCGACGACUAUUUCGAUUUUGUCUUCAUCAAGGAUGCGGGUAUGUGUCCUUCCAGUCCGGCCCAGCAAGCCUCGGGAUUGAGCGAGCCGUUGCGUGUUCUCAAGUCCGGGGGUAUCUUGGAAGUCUGGGAUUCCGACUGGGUGUUCCGCUCUCUGCUGCCCAAUCCGGCACCCGCUCGCAAACUGGCCUCGAGAGAACAAGAGACCGCCGAUGCGACCGCGACGUACACCUUCUCGUCUGCCACGCCAUUCACGCGCGCCCAGAACAAGUUUCUUCAAGACUACAAUACCUGGCUUGAGAAAGCGUUCGAUCAGCGGAAAUUGACUGCUCUACCAUGCGCCACGAUGGGCCUAUCCUUCAAUGCGGAGGUAGACGUCCUCGAGAAGGUCGACAGUCGUCGCAUUGCCAUUCCGUUGGGCGAACUACGCUGGGAACGGGAGGGGUAUGGAAAGGAAACGAGUGGUGGAACUCGAAGACAGUUGACGGCCGAUCAGUUAUCCAUCCGACGCACUGCGCUUCUGACGGUCAUCCAAAUGAUAGAAGGCAUGGAGCACAUUCUUAUGGAGGCCAGCGGGAAGAGCAAGGACGAAUGGGAUCGCUGGUGGGCAGCAAUGAUGACCGAUUUGUUCCAGAAGGAUGGCCUCGCGAACGGGGAGUGCUUGGAAGUAAGUGCUUGGUGGGGUCGAAAGAUAUAG